AUUCUAUUAGCGGCGGGUGGCCUGAUAGGCGGGACUGGCCGGCCGGCCGCCAGUGUCGCUCCGAAGCGCCGCGCCGACGCUCCGCCAUGGCCGAGAAGCGCUCCUUCUGCAUCGAGUCGCUGCUAGCGGGCGAGUCGCCGCGGCUGGCCUCUCCGGCCGGCGAGCGGCGCGGCUCGCCCGAGCAGCCGGUGCGGCCGCGGCCGGCGGCGCCGCCGGGCCUGCCGCUGCUCGGGCCGCCCUUCUACCCGUACCCGCUGGCGCCGAGUCUGCCCGGCCUGCUGCCGCCGGCCUUCCAGCACGCCGCCGAAGGGAAGGCCGUCCCGCAGGUGCCGCUCGACUGGCUGGCCGCCAGGGCGUCCAUGUUCUACCCGCGCUACGCCGACCUCGCAGGUGGAGCCCAGCACGCGCUGCUGGGUAAGACGCGCCGGCCGCGCACCGCCUUCACCAGCCAGCAGCUGCUGGAGCUGGAGAACCAGUUCCGACAGAACAAGUACUUGUCGCGGCCGAAACGCUUCGAGGUCGCCACCAGCCUGAUGCUGACCGAGACUCAGGUGAAAAUCUGGUUUCAAAACCGGCGCAUGAAGUGGAAGCGGAGCAAGAAGGCCUCCUCCCAGGACGGUAAGGCGAAGAAGGCUGCCGCCGGCGGCGGUGAGGUCUCGGGUGGUGGGGGCGGCGGCGGCGGCGCGGGAGAAGCCGAGGAUCCCGAGGUAGACGUUUGUGAACACAGCGACUCGGCCGAGAGUGACGCGGCGCACGAGCGGCCCACCCCGGAGCCCGAACCGGAGCCGGAGCCGGAACGGGAGCCGGAGCAGGAAGCAGACCGGGAGCGGCAGCCGGAGCCGGAGCCGCGGCUGACGGCAGAGUCCGGCCAGGAGCCGGUCGCUGCUCCGGUGGAUUUCAGCAGCUUCGGACCGAGACGCGCAGAGGGGGUGCUCAGUGUCAGCAAGUUUGCACGAGACCCGGAUCUUAUGUAUAGGCCAUACGUUGUGUAAGAUGACGGGUCCGGGCAUCGUGCGUUGUGUAGGGUGAUUGAUCCGAUGGUAUGUCGUAUAAGGUGACGGGUGCCAGCGCCAUUGUUAGUUCGCGGAUGUUAACGUGUGCUUGUCAUUGUGUAUGUUGCCAGUGUAAGAUAUUUCAGCAACGGGAACACUAAGCGAUGCUCAAAAUUAAACUUUCUUUUGGAAUUCUGUAGCACCUAAAACAAAGAAGGAAACGCAUUACUGGAGUAGUUCUUGUAGAAGUUGUAGAUGCCAUCAGAAUAUGCCAGUAAUCUCUAAACUAAGGAGACACUGUUUCUGUGUCAGACUUUAAAUACCUCUCGUUUGCCGUUGCGGGUCAUUAUAAACAGACGAGAGGGAGGCGCUGGGAUGUUUGGUGCUGGUGAGUGUUGUGUCGACAGUGAUGUACGGAUAAAUGAUGUGAUGACCUGAUGGUCGGGAAACAGCCGUGGCGAAUUGAUGUGACGAGUGGCAGCCCCCGAUACACCGCUGUCGUUCGCCGUUGGCCGUUGCAGUCGAUAGUCGCGUUCCACAUUACAUACAGUUCCAGUGAGUUAUGCCCGUAGCAGGACUUAGCGCUCCAAGUCAAAGCGUCACCUACACAUUAUCAUAUUGCUUUAAGGUGCGACAUGGCUCGUGUACCGCGAGUACUAUUGUUGUUGAGUGCAGCUCCACGGCACAUUUUCCCAGUCCAUCGUGCUACCGGCGUGCGGCUCAUGAUAUUUGAGGUUCUAUUCUAGGCAAGACUAGUGAAGAACUGCGUCCAUUGAGCGUUGGUAGUCUUCGGAAAGAAAAUAGUCCGUAGAAAUGCCUAGUGAGCUUGUCUUGUGGUGUUCAAUAAAUGUUACAUAUGCUGUAGGUACUCUGCGGCAUAUUCAUUCCACAAAAACUAUUUUUACAACCGACUCAUUGUGAAAGAAGCUUGGCUGCAGUAUUAAGAUUUAGG